AUGUCAGUUGUUGCCGUUCAACCCGCUGCCGCGCCAGCUCCAGCCAAAGCCAAGGCACCAGCCAAGCCCAAGAAGACUAAAGUCGCUGCCGCUAAGGGAGAGAAGAAAGUCGCUGAGCAUCCACCUUACUCUACGAUGAUCCAGGCGUCGAUCAAAGCCAUGGCUGAUCGUAAGGGAUCUUCCAAGGCCGCAAUCCUUAAGCACGUCCUUCAAAACUACAGGGUUGGAGGAGACAUCAAGAAGGUGAACGCUCGUUUGUGCAUCAGCCUGAAGAAAGGAGCCGAUUCGGGUCUCUUCAAGCGCAUGAACGGUGCUGGUGCUUCGGGAAGCUUCCGUCUUGGAGAGAAGGCUGUCAAGAAAGUGGCCAAGAAGACACUAAAGAAGCCUGUCGCCAAGAAGAUCUCGACUGGAUCUCCAAAGAAGGCUGUUGUCAAGAAGACUACAAAGGCCAAGAAGCCAGCCGCUGAAAAGAAGGCCAAGACCGCCGCUUCACCCAAGAAGGCUAAGACAACCAAGCCAAAGUCUCCAAAGAAGAAUCAAUAUCAGCAGCCUAUAGCUGUCUCUGGGUAUCCGGUUUUCCCAUGGGGAGUCGGUGGGAUCUACGGGAAUUCGUAUCGACCAAAUCCUAGUGUUGUGCAACCGCCGAAUAGUGGGAGUCAAAGCGGUUCCACUUGUCCGAAAGGCCCAUAUGCGACGUUUUUGAGUCAACAAGAGCAGGAAGGACUUCACGAGUUGGUCGUUGAAGCACGAAAAUCGGGUGCCUCAGAGGCACAAGUGAAAGAAUACAUCAAUCGCUAUAUGCAAGCGGUGCUUUCAGAAGAGAAAUUCGAGAAAUUCACCGAGGCGAUGAACAAUUUCAACGCGGCUCGAUCGACCUUUCGAAAU